CGGCUGUGCAAUGUGUCACGGUUAGAGCACAGCUGAGAGCUAUUCCCGGCAUUGCACAGGGGCUACCCCGCUCACUCCAAGGGAGAGGGACCUGCAGCAAACGGGUGGCCUGAGCCAAAUAUGGGUAACACAGCAAGUGAUCGCUUAUCUGGAGAUCGGCAUGGCAAGUCCCACCGUGCAGAUGGAGCAACUGGGGGACACUCUACUAAGGAGCAUGAGGAAAACAAAAUCAUGGUUGGAAGCACAGACGACCCAAAUAUCUUUAGUACUCAAGAAUCUAAGCACCCUGGUGACUCAACGUGGCCCCAGGAAUCAGAGGAUCCUGGAAAAUCAGCUCAGCAAGGUCGUCCCACUGUAAUCCGUUGGACAGAAGGUGGCAAAGAAGUCUUCAUAUCUGGGUCAUUUAACAACUGGACUGCCAAAAUUCCACUGAUUAAAAGCCACAAUGACUUUGUUGCCAUUUUGGACCUUCCAGAGGGAGAGCAUCAGUACAAGUUUUUUGUGGAUGGCCAAUGGGUACAUGACCCUUCUGAGCCUGUGGUUACCAGCCAGCUUGGUACAAUCAACAACUUGAUCCAUGUUAAGAAGUCGGAUUUUGAAGUAUUUGAUGCUUUAAAAUUAGAUUCAAUGGAGAGUUCUGACACAUCAGCUAGAGACUUAUCAAGUUCCCCUCCUGGACUUUAUGGCCAAGAACUAUAUGCUUACAAGCCAGAGGAACGCUAUAAAUCACCUCCUAUCCUUCCUCCCCAUCUUCUCCAAGUUAUACUUAACAAAGACACCAACAUCUCUUGUGAUCCUGCCCUCCUUCCAGAACCCAAUCACGUCAUGCUAAACCAUCUGUAUGCUUUGUCAAUAAAGGAUGGAGUAAUGGUUCUUAGUGCGACUCAUCGCUACAAGAAGAAGUAUGUCACCACUUUACUGUACAAGCCAAUUUAGAUUAGGCGCAGUUGUCAGUCUAUCUAUGUGUGUGGCAUAAAAUUGGUCGGAUACAUACCUUAUGGAUGAGCAGGUUGAACCAGUGUUUUAUACUUGUUCUAAACCUAACUUGGUACGGUUGGCACAUGGGAAGUGUUGCUAAAAAUUAUAUGUUCAUGGUCCAUUUAUUAAAUAAGGUGGACUUAAACAGGAAGAAGUGGUAUUUUCACAGUCUGUACUCCUUCCUGUGAUGCAAUAAGCAAACACCCAAUAUUAUGCACCACUGACUCUUUAACUUUAAAUGCAAAUACUUUUUAGAACUAGCAAAACUAGAAGCUGAUGAGUAUGUUAAAUAAAGGAUUAAAAUGAUGGCAAGGUUGGCUGAAACCUGUCCUGGAAUGGUGAAUGGCACAUUAUUUUGUUGCCUUCCAUUGCUGUCUUGAACCAAAUUAUACAUAAAAACCCCAAGUAACAUUUACAAAUGCCCUAUAACCGUCUCUUAUAUAGUUAAAGUGUUAAUUCUCACAUAGUGUUAUGGUAUCUUUGCAAAGUAGAACAAACACCACUCAGAUGAGCAUGUUGUGCGCCUAAUUAAAUGUGUCUGUAUCUGAGAAUGUAUUUACCUCUACAGUGUUCUUUCAUGUACAGUUCUGUGAAUGGCUGGUUAUAAACCUAACAUUCUUAAUACUGUCACUUGAUUUCAUGGUGUUAAAAGUGCCCUUAGCCACAAAAUUGUACCUGUGUCAUUAGUAUACAUUGUGGCACUUGUCCUGCUCCUUCUGUCCUGUUAUCCCAUGUUACAUUUCUCUUUGCACGUUGUUAUGCUGUUGUUUAUAACUUGUAAUCAGUGUUUAAUGAAGAAGAGUUGGAAGGUGUUGCUUUGUAAGGUUUAAUGUUACCAUUGGAUUGUGUUACAAUGUAAAACAAUUUCUAAAUAAUGAUUGGGUAUUUACACAUUUAAGUGGAACCAUGGGAGACAACUCCCUGUUUUGUCCAUUAUCUACUGAUAAAAUUGUUACCGAGUGCCUCCUGGCAGACGGUAAGCUAACAUAGACAAAUAUUAGGGUAAGAAACUCUUACACAUAAUGUAUUUAGAUAUGUCUGCCAAAAACAGAGCUCAAAUUUUUACAAUUGUAAGUUCAAUGGAUACAAGUAACCAGAAAGGGUUCAAAAUUCUGUUUCAUUGUUUUAUCAUAUUAAUAAGUGUUUUAUUGUAUAUUUAACAUCUGGGGGAUUAUUUAUAUGGAAUAGUCAUUUUGUAAUUAAAAAACAAAGAAUAAUAAGAUGAUAUUGCUUUUGCUGCCCUGUUCAACUCCAGGCCUUAGGGGCCUUUAAAUACCAACAAUAAAUAUAUCCAGGUGAGAUAAUGAGUUAUUCAUGUUUUUAAUAACUUAUCUGUGAGGUUAGUGUUUUAAAGGGGAACUGUCAUUAGGAUUAAAAAAUAUACAGCAAGUCCUUGUUUAAAUAAUCUUCACAAAUAUUUAUUUUAUAUUAUAAUAUUUUAGAUAUUUAAUCUUUAAUUAUUUUUUAUUUGUAGGUUCCCCGCCCUAACAUUUUUUCCUGCUGCUAAUAGCUAUCUCCUGCUUUGAGUCUCAGAAUUAUUAUUUGGAAUAGCCAAAUGCCAAACAGAAUGAUAGAUAUUCAGAGCAGGAAAGAGAGCUAGCAGAAAAUUAAGGAAACAGAUUUAUUAAACAUCUAUUACACUUUGGGUGCAUGUUGAUUACUAAGACAUCUCCCCUUUAAGACCCUAGAGGGCUAGAUGAAGACUGGGAUAUGGUACUGUGUACACAAAGGUACUCCCAAAGAACGUCACUUUACUAGAGGCUUGUGUGCGAAUAUGUUUCAGAACUCUAGCUGUGUAUGCACUUUACUUUAGAAGUAGAUUUGUUAAAAGAGAGCAAAACUGUGAACUUGUUCAAUGCAAUAUUAAACCACAAGUAUAUUUA